CGGGGAGCGCGCAGGCGGCGGCAGCUGGAAGGCCGGGUACCCGGGCUGGCCGCUGCGGUGGGGCUGGGCUGAUGGCGGCGACGGCGGUGGCGGCGGGGACGGGGGCGACGGCGGGGACCGAGUCGUCCGGGGGACCCCCGGGGCCGGCGGCGGCGCUGGAACUGUGGCUCAACAAAGCCACAGACCCAAGCGUGGCACAACAGAAUUGGUCAGCUAUCCAGAACUUCUGUGAGCAGGUGAACACUGACCCUAAUGGUUCCACACAUGCACCUUGGCUGCUGGCCCACAAGAUCCAGUCUCCACAGGAGAAGGAAGCGCUGUAUGCCUUAACGGUGCUGGAGAUGUGCAUGAACUACUGUGGAGAGAAGUUCCACCGCGAGGUGGCCAAGUUCCGCUUCCUCAAUGAGCUGAUCAAGGUGUUGUCCCCAAAGUACCUGGGGUCCUGGGCCACAGAAAAGGUUAAAGGAAGAGUCAUCGAAAUUCUCUUUAGUUGGACAGUCUGGUUUCCAGAAGAUAUCAAGAUCCGAGAUGCUUAUCAGAUGCUCAAGAAACAAGGGAUCAUCAAGCAGGAUCCUAAACUGCCGGUGGAUAAAAUUUUACCCCCACCUUCUCCUUGGCCCAAGAGCUCCAUCUUCGAUGAUGAUGAGGAGAAGUCAAAGCUCCUGACCAGGCUGCUCAAGAGCAGCCAUCCCGAGGACCUGCAGGCGGCCAACCGGCUCAUCAAGAACUUGGUCAAAGAGGAGCAGGAGAAAUCGGAGAAGGUGUCCCGGAGAGUGAGUGCGGUGGAGGAAGUGCGAAGCCACGUGAAGGUGCUGCAGGAAAUGCUGAGCGUGUACCGCAGGCCGGGGCAGGCGCCGCCAGACCAGGAGGCCCUGCAGGUGGUGUAUGAACGGUGUGAGAAGCUGCGGCCCACGUUGUUCCGGCUGGCUAGCGACACCACAGAUGACGAUGACGCACUCGCGGAGAUCCUGCAGGCAAAUGAUCUGCUCACACAGGGAGUCCUGCUCUACAAGCAGGUGAUGGAAGGCCGUGUCACCUUUGGGAACACAGCGUCCAACUCACUGGGGGACAUACCUGUCUCCAGAGUCUUCCAGAACCCAACUGGCUGCAUGAAGAACUGCCCCCUGAUUGACCUGGAGGUGGACAGUGCGACUGAGCAGGCUGAAACUGUGGGGCCAUCUUUGCUUCAUCAGGACCUGGAGGCUUUAGGGAUCGGUGACCCCCCUGUUGGAAGCAAGGUCCCUGGCCAGCACGCCUCUAAGGAAAAGCAGAAUCCCACUGGUGGCGGUGCUCAGAACCCUUCUACGGACAGGAACCUGCUGGAUCUGCUCUCGGCCCAGCCGUCUCCGGGCCCACUGAAUUAUGUUCCACAAAAAACUAUUCCCAAAGAAGUUCCACCCGGCACUAAGUCUUCGCCAGGUUGGUCCUGGGAAGCCGGCCCAUUGGCUUCUUCCCCAGCCUCGCAGAAUACACCUCUGGCUCAAGUGUUUGUCCCGCUGGAGUCGGUCAAGCCCAGUAACCUGCCUCCUAUUAUCGUGUAUGACCGGAAUGGAUUCAGAAUUCUGCUCCACUUCUCACAGACGGGGGUCCCGGGCCACCCAGAGGUGCAGGUGUUGCUGUUGACCAUGAUGAGCACUGCCACCCAGCCUGUGUGGGACAUCAUGUUUCAGGUGGCUGUGCCAAAGUCGAUGAGAGUGAAGCUGCAGCCAGCAUCCAGCUCCAAGCUGCCUGCGUUCAGUCCCUUGACACCUCCAGCGGUGAUUUCUCAGAUGCUGCUGCUCGACAAUCCACACAAAGAACCCAUCCGAUUACGAUAUAAGUUGACAUUCAACCAAGGUGGACAGCCUUUCAGCGAAGUAGGAGAAGUAAAAGACUUCCCCGACCUGGCUGUCUUGGGUGCAGCCUAAGUGCUCACAGGAUGGACCCUUCAAGUCAAGCUUAGGCCAAGGUUACCUUUGCUCCUGAGUCUAGACAGGACUCGUCACAGUGAUUUAGUGCAGAGUGCCAAGAGUUCUUUCCUGAUGUCAGGCUCUGAAUGCCAACUUCUGGCUUAGUUCUGCAGAUACUCUGUGUGUGUGUGUGUGUGUGUGUUGUGGGGGGUCUGGGGAGGGCAGAGCAGGGCUUGGGAUGUGGGCAGUGUGGGAAAUGCCAAAGCAUUUCUGACCAUCAUCUCUGCUGUCAUCAUAUCUGCGCAUGUUCCUGGACACCGCUUCCCUGCCUCAGCUGGGAGGCUUUAUGAGCCAAAGUUUCUCUCCGUGUUAUCGUCACCUUUUCAUUCAUCCACUGUGUGCCUUGUCAGCCUCUGAAAGUCUUGUUGCUCCCAGGCUGCUGUUCUCAGGGACCUUCCAAGGGACCUGGUUGGUCUCAGGGCAGAGAGCAACCCCCCUUCCUGGGGCACUCUUUGCCAAGACAGACUUCGUCUCCACUUCCAUCCACGGUUGCUGCUGCUUGUGUGUAUUCUAGAAGAUCUCGAUGGCAAGCUUGCUGCACUGUGUCUGGGCGAAGGGCUGCCUGCGAGCCCAGAGGACCACGCUGGGUGGGCCAAUCAUGCCCUUUACCACUGUGCCUUAGAAUCCCCUCUUGAGGGACACCCCUGGGGCGGAGGGGAGAGCAGCUCCUGGACCUGCCUCAGGUUUCCGUGGGAUGGGCAGCCUUUCUGGGCCCUGCCGCAGGACCCCCCUCCCUGCUCCUACUUUUUGUCCGUAAGCAUUUCUUCUGAGCUCUUUGUGCCAUCGUGUCAAGUCAGUCAUUAUAAAUCACAGCCAACAAGCUAGCCCUGGCUGUGGCCUUCCCAACCCCAGUUGGGGAACCGUGAUGCUGAGAGGUAAGGAAACCUAGCAAGGAUCUAGGUGGCCACUAUAUACACAGGAAGUCGCUGAAUAAACAUCGUGUAGCCAA